AUGGCAGAAGAAACGAAAUUGGCACACAGUGAUGGUAAUGCACUAGAUCAGGAAUCACCACCAUCUUACCAUGCCACAGCUGACCAAUCUGCAGUGGAUAUGCCUGAGGGCCUUCCUCCAUAUGGGGCUAAUGGAUACUCUGAACCUCCGCCAUCGUACGAUUCACUGUUUGGGAAGGUGAAGGCUGCCAAAGCCUCAUCCAGUAACAAUGCUCAGUUUGCCAAGAGCUUCGUAGGCAUACUUAUGGGAACCUUGGCCUGUACCAUUAUAAUGGGAAUUUUCCUGGCGAUUCCAAUAGCAAUGACAGCUAUAGGAGGUGUGUAUCUACAUCAAUGUCCAGCUGAGAGGUUUAUCCCUAUCUAUCUAUUGGUGGCUGGAGUGUUUGGGAUUAUCAAGAAUCUGUCCAGUCUAGGACAGAAACUGAGAAAUAAGAAAGAAGAAGGAGAGGAUGAUGAUCAGAAAAAUGUGAAGACAAAUCCAGCAGACAUGUUACUGAACUGCUUUUUGUUCGCCUGGUUUAUUGCUGGAAAUGUGUGGGUAUAUCGUACCUAUGGAAACUUCAGUACUGAUGAGACCUCUCAAAUGUACUGCCAUCCUACCUGUUACUACUUUGCCUUCUGGAUCAUCACAUCUACCUAUAUCCUAGGGGGACUCAUCUGCUUUCUGACUUGCUGUGGAGGGAUUGUGGCAGCCAUCACCACAGCAAAAUAAAGCUUAGUAACUGAGAUGAGAGAAGAGAAUCUAGAUUAAUCUGUAAAACUGGUACAAGGUAUUAAUGUAAUUAUAUGUACAAUUAAUAAUGCUCAAACACAGCUUCCAGAUGAUCAGAAAUGUUUAGAUAUAUUCAGUUUUUCUCUUUUUAGAGAGGUACAUAAGUGGAUUACGUAUUGUGGUGUAAUUGCUUGCUUUCGGUAUAAUUACAUGAUUUUUAGUACAUGUACAGGUAUUCAUAUAAGUAAAGAUUGUUUGCUUAAUAAUACUAACACUUACUUAUCACUUGUUGGGCCUAUAUUACAUGGUCUACAUGUAUAUGAUGCAGAGUAAGGAUUCCAUUCACAGUGUACAAGUUAUGACACUUGAUUACCAAGGAAAUUUAAAGAGACUAAAAUUGAUCUGUUGUCAUCAAAGCAAUACUUAAUUGUUACUAUUUUCUUUCUUUCUACAAUGUGAUUUCUUCCAAAUAUUGUCUCCUGAGGCACCCGUCCUUGUAUUACCUCAGCUGUUCUGAGGAGAUAAAACUCCAAACAUACUAAUUUCAUUCAGGACUUUAAACUUGAAAAAACGGAGCAAACUAUGGUGUC